GUGCAAGCAUCCGCCUCUUCCACUGACUGACUGAUCAACUUCAAAACAGCCUUUUCUAAGCGUGACCCUCUUAGAAAGUGAGGUGGUUAGAUUGAACGUUGUUGGCCUUUUGAAAUCGUACAAAUAUGCUGUCGUUGACGUUGAGGCAAAUCGCACGGCCAUUGUGCCUGCGUGCCCCGGUGGCCCUGAGCAGCGUUGGGGCGAGGAGGAGCCAGCAUGCGGCUACCCGUAGUGUGGAACAGGAGGCCCCGUGGACUGGGCAGGACAGUCUGGCCCAGGACGACCCGGAGAUGUGGAACUUGCUGCGGAAAGAGAAGGACAGGCAGUGUCGGGGACUGGAGCUCAUUGCCUCUGAGAACUUCUGCAGUCGGGCUGCGCUGGAGGCCCAAGGAUCCUGCCUCAAUAACAAGUACUCAGAGGGCUACCCAGGCAGGAGGUACUAUGGUGGAGCUGAGGUGGUAGACCAGAUAGAGUUGUUGUGCCAGAAGAGAGCCCUGGAGGCCUUUGACCUGGACCCUGCCCUGUGGGGCGUGAACGUCCAGCCCUACUCUGGCUCUCCCGCCAACUUCGCUGCCUACACCGCUGUCCUCAACCCUCACGACCGCAUCAUGGGCCUGGACCUGCCUGACGGUGGACAUCUGACCCAUGGUUACAUGUCUGACACCAAGAGGAUAUCUGCUACCUCCAUCUAUUUUGAGUCCAUGCCCUACAAGCUCAAUCCUGCCACAGGGCUCAUUGACUAUGACCAGCUGGAGAUGACUGCCCGUCUCUUCCGGCCCAAGUUGAUCAUUGCAGGCACCAGCGCCUACGCUCGCCUCAUUGACUACGCUCGCAUCAAGAAGUUGUGUACGGAGGUGAAAGCCUACCUGCUGGCUGACAUGGCCCACAUCAGUGGUCUGGUGGCUGCGAAGGCUGUCCCCUCGCCAUUCAAGUAUGCUGACAUGGUCACCUCCACAACACACAAGUCCCUCCGAGGAGCCAGGGCUGGUCUGAUCUUCUACCGUAAGGGCGUGCGUUCUGUGGACAAGAAGGGGAAGGAGAUCCAAUAUGACCUGGAGGACCGGGUCAACUUCGCUGUGUUCCCCUCUCUUCAGGGGGGACCCCACAACCACGCCAUCGCCGGGGUGGCUGUCGCUCUCAAACAGGCCCAGACGCCGAUGUUCAGAGAGUACAUUGGCCAGGUGAUGCGUAACUCCAAGGCCAUGGCUGAGGCCCUACUGAGCAAAGGAUACACCCUGGUGUCAGGGGGGACGGAGAACCAUCUGGUGCUGGUGGACCUGAGGCCAAAGGGCAUCGAUGGAGCCAGAGCAGAGAGAGUUCUGGAGCUGGUGUCCAUCACAGCCAACAAGAACACCUGUCCCGGGGACAAGAGUGCCCUGGCGCCUGGGGGCCUCCGGCUAGGUGCCCCGGCGCUGACCUCCAGACAGUUCAAGGAGACGGACUUUGUCCAGGUGGUGGAGUUCAUGGAUGAAGGCUUUAAGAUCGCCCUGGACGUCAAGAAGAAGACUGGGAAACUUGCAGACUUUAAGAACUUCUUGUUGGAGGAUCCAGAGACGGUCUCUCGCAUGGCAGAGCUGAAGAAACGAGUGGAGGCCUUCGCACGUCCCUUCCCCAUGCCCGGCUUCGAGGAUCACUAGGCCCUCCACACACACACAGGGAGAGGGAGGGAGGGAGAGAGAGCAGGGAGAGGGAGGGAGGGAGAGAGAGCAGGGAGAGGGAGGGAGGG